UAAUUUGUGACAAAAAAAUUGUAUUAAAAAAUCGGUUAAACUCUCAGACAAUCAGACAAUUAGUUUCCAGAAAAUAGUUUUUAACUUUUAAUAUAAAAAACAUAUUUUUUGCCAAUAAAUCGGUUGUGAGUUAGCGUUUGUGGCCAAAAAUCAUCGGGUGAACAAAGUUUGACCUGGAUUAUAUCGAUUUUAUCAUACGAUACAUUAUCACCUUAUCUUUGGUCCCGAGCGCCGACCCGACAGAUGUCCGCAAAGAUGUUUUGCCAGAAGUUGAGCCCAUUUUGGGUGAUGAACCGAUUGGUGGCCGUCGGCCACAGAAACCUAUCGACAACUAAUCCACUGAAAGCACAGUUGACGGUUAGGGAUGCGCUGAACAGUGCGAUGGACGAGGAGAUGGAAAGGGAUGAAACGGUGUUCAUAUUGGGCGAAGAGGUGGCCCAAUACGACGGCGCCUAUAAAGUGAGUCGCGGACUGUGGAAGAAGUGGGGGGACAAGAGGGUCAUCGACACCCCCAUCACUGAAAUAGGGUUCGCCGGCAUCGCUGUCGGCGCUGCGAUGGCUGGUUUGAGACCCAUCUGCGAGUUCAUGACAUUUAACUUCGCGAUGCAAGCGAUCGAUCAUAUCAUCAAUUCUGGCGCAAAGACUUUCUAUAUGUCUGCCGGAAAUGUAGCCGUUCCCAUUGUGUUCAGAGGGCCCAACGGUGCUGCCUCUGGUGUGGCGGCCCAACACUCGCAGUGCUUCGGCGCCUGGUAUUCGCACUGUCCGGGACUCAAAGUGGUCUCUCCCUACUCGGCCGAGGAUUGCCGCGGACUCAUGAAACAGGCCAUCAGAGAUCCCGAUCCCGUUGUGUUCCUCGAGAACGAGCUCUUGUAUGGCAUAGCCUUUGAUGUGUCCGAUGAGGUGAAGUCCAAAGACUUUGUGAUACCGUUGGGAAAGGCGAAGAUCGAGCGCACCGGCGAUCGGAUAACACUAGUGUCCCAUUCGAAGAGUGUGGGCACGUGUUUGGACGCCGCCAAGGAGUUGGCCGCACAGGGAGUCGAGUGCGAAGUGAUUAAUUUGCGGAGUUUGCGACCCCUGGAUGAGGAGACCAUUAUUAGAUCCGUUAUGAAGACUAACCAUUUAGUGACAGUGGAGGGCGGGUGGCCUCAGAGCGGUAUAGGAGCCGAGAUAUGCGCCCGUAUUAUUGAAAGUAUGUCCAGUUCGUCCAGCUUUUGACUAUUUAGACGCACCAGUGGUUCGCGU